UUUUUAUGUUCACAUAUGAAUAAAAAUAAUUUUUCAACGUCGACCACAAUGGUUGCAACUAAAAGCAAUCACAAAGUGAUAUCGUGUUCAACACCUGAGCAUCGCCAAGAAUCGCCAUCAAGAGACAGUGACUCGCUUUGCGACUCUGAGGCAGCUAGCCCGGUACCCUUUCUGUGCACGCAAGACGGUUCUGAAGGGGAAACAGAUGUUGUGUGGAACUUUUACACACCGAAAUCUGAACAUGCAGCCAAAUCACGCCUUAAAAACUCCACACCGCUCAGUAGAAAGACUAGAAAAAUAAUAAAAACUACAGUCAUUGAAAAGCCUUUGCCAAAACGAAGAACCCUUAAAGCAACACAGAAGAAAACUGAACUAUUCCAAGACUUAAUAGAAUUAAACGAAAAUUUGCAUGAAUUGAUGUCUAAAAAACCAAAAGCUGUAAUGGAAGAGAAAAGGAAAUCGGGUAGUGAAGAGGAUAUAUUCAGCGAUUCAGGUGAUAGUUCACCUAAGAGUGGUUUCAGAGCAAACUCUAGAUGUUUAAGAAGAAAUGUGCUUAGUUCGAAAUUCAUUAAACAAGAGGCUGAAACUGCACUGGAAUCCGAUGAUUCCAUGAAUGAGUGCCUUGUAAAAGCCAGCCAAGUUGUCGAAGAGAAGAUUUUAAAUGAAGAACCUACACCUGCUAAGAGACUCUGUUUAGAUAUUGAAUCAAAAUGUCCAAGUCCCAAUAAGCCGAGUUUAAACUUCAAAAUGGAUCAUGAUUCUAUGGAUGCAAUUUUGAACAGCAUCAAAUUAGACUCUCCAAUUCUUAACAAGACAAAGACAAAUUCGUCUCGAUUAAUAAAUGACUCUUUUGACAGUUUAGUCGGAAACUUGAAUGACAGUGCAUUGGAUCGGUUAACACAAAUGCCGUCUAAGGCAAAUAGGAGUAAAUUAAAUUCAUCUACAGAUUGGACAGUACAAGAAGUUGUAGUACAUGACAGUAGUCCGAUGUCAAAAUCAUUUUUUGGUCGACACAGUUCUAUGCCAGAGUCUCCUAUUGUUGCUGAAAUAAAUAAACCUUCUACCAGUGGGAUGGUAUUUGGGAGAUACAAUUCUAUGCCAUAUGCUGAUAAAAACAAGAACGCAGGAUAUUCACCAACAAGAUGCACUCAGGAGGAGAUUAAGAGAAAACAUCAACAAGCCAGAGAAAAACUUCUUGCCAAAAGACUUUUGCCUUUCACUUCUACUCAACAGAGCGUUCAUGUUCUACCAACCCAGGUGUCACAUCCAGUAUCUCAAACACCGAAGAAACCAUUCCAACCUAAGGUUGCCAGUUCCAUACAAAAAUUUAAUAACUUAAAAAAAAAUCCUUUGCCAAAUAACAAUGUAAACUUAAAUUUAGCACCACAACAGAGUGUAACCAGUUCAGCAGAUAUAAAAAUGCUGAUUGAAAAGAAAAGGCAAGAGGCAUUAAUGAAGUUACGACGACGGCAACCACAAAAGCCAUAAGACUUGAAUUUUUGAUAUUUAUUUAAAUGGAAAUUAUGCGUUGUUUUAUGCCUUGUGAUAUGUAAUCUAGAUGUGUUUAUGUAGAGAUAAG